AUGGCCCUUCCAAUGCCCGAGCCCACCAUCCCGCCCUUGCCGCUGCCUCACUACAAGGUGAUAUCCUUCGACGUCUACGGCAGCCUGAUCGAGUACAAGGCGCACAUCGUGCGGUCAUUCCAGCCCCUGCUGUCUCGACUGCCCGCGUCAUCCCCGUAUCUGGACCCAACACCGCUGUCCCGUGACAUCCCCGACAGCAACACGACGGGGGCGAUCCAGUUCCUCCGCCUGUUCCAGCAGCAGGAGGACCAGAUCAAGCUCGAGAAGCCGGCGCGGCGCUUCGACCAGAUCCUGGCCGAGAUCUGGCGGCGGAUCGCGCGCGAACUGCAGGUCGAGAGCAGCGAGGACGAGGCGCUCGCCUUCGGCAGCGAGGCGGUCAUCUCGUCGUGGCCGUGUUUCCCGGGCACCAUCCGCGCGCUGCGCCAGCUGCAGCGCCACUACCGGCUCGUGGCGCUGUCCAACAUCGACCGGUUCGCGUGGUACAUCACGCAGUCGUCGCCGACGAGCGGGCUGGGCGACGUGAGCUGGUGGAAGGUGUUCACGGCCGAGGACUCCGGCGGCGACCCGGCCCGGCUGGACGAGACGCGCCUCGAGACGCUCGUCGACUACUGCGCCAAGUACGGCGUGCAGAAGAACGAGAUCCUUCACGUCGCCCAGAGCCUGGGCCACGACCACGCGCCCGCCAAGCGUCUGGGGCUGAGCAGCGUGUUUCUCACCGGCGACGGGCCCCGCUGGGGGAAAGAGGCCGAGAGCCGCAUGGCCCUGGAGAAGGGGCUGGUCGGGUACGCAUGGCGGUGUCGCAACCUGGAGGAAUUUGCCGAGUUGGUGGAGCGGGCGUGGGAUAAUGUGACGCCAAUUGAAUGA